AAACUGAAAGUGACGUGAACGUUACCACCGUCAGGUUAGUUCGGUCUGGUGAAUGGAAGCAUGGCGGUAAUUGCUAGCAGACGGUCACCUACAAGAUUACUGACCUCAGUGAGAUCCGUCCUUUCAGGGGCAUUUCGACAGCACAGCAGUCUGACAACAGACCUCAUAGAAAACAUGGACAAGAAGGAGACGUGGGACAGGUUUUACCGGGAGAACAACGUGAAGAGGGAUUUCAAGAACUUUGAAUGGUUCUUCGGCUUUGACAGUGUCCAGGACUUCAUCUUGCCGCUACUGCGGCCACAGCCCAGCUGCGCCACCAUACGACGCGUUUUGGACCUAGGCUGCGGUACCUCGGCGCUGGGACCCGGCAUCUACAAGCACUCCCAAUGGCCGGUUCACGUCACGUGCGCCGACAUCUCUCCAGUCGCCGUGCAGCUGUUGCAGGAACAGGCGAAUAGCAAACCCAUUCAACCCGGAAACCCAUCCUCCAGACUGACGUUCCUAGAACUGGACUGCUGCCGGCUCCAGGCCAGGUUUGGAGAGCAGAGCGUGGACGUAAUCGUCGACAAAGGCACGACUGACGCCCUGUUGCGAUCAAGGGAAGGACAGCCGAAGGCGGGCUUGGUCCUGAAGCAGUGCCUUGGUGUGCUACGGCAGUCGGGGUGUCUGCUCCAGUUUUCCGACGAGGACCCUGACGCUAGGGUGCUGUGGUUGGAGAGGGAGAGUGGGCUGGUAGCAAGGGUCGGAGUGCAGGAAGUUGGGACUUUAAGAGGAGUUUGUUACUACUGCUAUAUGAUAACCCCAUGUGCACCUUGACACCUUAAUGCCCACCUUGAGCUUGGGUGCCAGAUUUGCCUGUGACAUGCAUUUAUCCAAAAUGAUGAGAUGUAGACCUACUGAAGGGGUGAACAAACACUGUUUAAUAGUCAACUAUAAUGGAGCACACAUGCAAAUCACCUAAUUUAAGCAAUAAAGACCUUUUGUGUUUUAAGGUCCGUGAGUACGUAUUUUUGUAUUUAGAGAACUUACCGAGCAAAUGCCCAGUAUUUAGAUCAAGGGGAUCAGGGGAUUCCUGUCAUGAGGUGUUGCUUUCUUGGUAUGUUUUGUGCAUGAAAAUCAAAACAGGAUUUCUUUCUUUACUGCAGAAAAUAUUUUAAUGCUCAUUGUUAUUACAUUUAGCAUUUUUAAAAAUCAUCCUUAAUGGGUACAACUCCAUAAGCACAAAGAAGGAGGCUGUCAGUGGCAUCUGUGAACUUAUAUUAACGAUCCUGGAGUCAGUUUAUUGUGCUGACACUAUCCUGUUAGGCCAAUUUUUUUUUUUUUUUUUCAUCAGAACCGCCCCUCCCCGCUCCCCUGGUGACAGUACAGCCAAUUACAUGCUGCCAUGCAGGGCUGUUGGACAUCGGAACAACCAGGAUUCGAUAAUGCUGUUCAUGAAUUUGAAUAUUCAUGAUUCUCAUGAAAUCCAAAGGAAGUGUUUUGAGGAGGGGCAAAACUAAGGAGGGAUAGCAAGGAAAGCUUUCCUGGACAAUGGGCACUAGUGGGUCCAGGGGGCCCCUAGAGGUGGGGUGUAUGUGUGAGUGCACAUACACUCACACAUAGUGGAGGGCAGGGGCAGGGGCGGUUGGGGUUCUUCUUUCUCAUAUGUUUUUCCACAAAUUAUUUUUAGAUCCUUCCCUGGUUUCCAGAAUAACAAAUUGCUGAUGCUGUUUGUUCAAACCUAUCACAGCGACUUCAUGAUAAAACUGUUGUGUGAUGGACAGUUGAGGAAAUCCAUCCAUGAAUUUGAAUGGAUUUCAGAAGUUUAAAAAAAUAAAAUAAUUCUUAAGUUAAGAUACACAGUUAAGAUACUUGUAAUUGAUCAGUAAUGGUUCCAUAGAUUGGUACAACACAAAACUCAGGAAUUUUUUUUAACUUGGUGUUUAUUUUAUAUUUUUAUUUCAGUGGGAGUAGGCCUACAAUCAGUUUGUGUGUUUAAGAAUCGCAAAUGAUUAAGAAACAUCACCUAACCAGUAGUUUCUGUUGCUCUUCUGAUUCGCAUUAGGAAAUACUGAACUGUCAAUCAAAAAGCAGUUGUGCUUUUACUGAACUCUCGAAUUUCAGAAAAAACCAUUCGCUUGUGGAACAGCAGUCCUAAAAGUCGAGAAGCGGCAGAUAUAGUAAACUAGAACAACAAAAUAUAUCAAAAUCAUAUUAAAAAGAAGAAACCGUCUGAAAGAAUGGAUACAUUCCAAUGACAGAACCAGUUAAAAC